UUUACGAAGUGAAUCAAAAUUAGGCAGCUGUCAUUUCAGUUAGUACCGUUCUUACUCCAAUUUUUGCAUUAUUCUCAAUUUUUCCGUAAAAAAUUACAAAAAAUCUGAUCCUAACGGAGUGGCAUCAUGUCGUGCUCCGGUGCCGCCAAGGAACUGGAGGACUGCUUCACCUGUCUCCGCCGGACGGACAACUUCCUGUGCAUCACCGAGCGGGACGAGGUGAGUGGCGAAAAUGUCGAGGCCGUGUUUGCGAAGCACUUCUGGUUCGAUGAGGCCGAAUAUCGGAAUAAAACGGUCUGCACAAGCUGCUGGGAGAAGAUCGACGAGUUCCAUAAGUUUUACUGCGAGGUUGAGAGGGUUCACGGACCGGGAUCGGGAAUGUUGACGGUGGUCAAGACCGAGAGUGUUGAUGGCGAGGGGGAGGAGAGGGGACAGGUCUUUGCCAUGGAAAUGUACAAGCUGGAAGUGAAGCAGGAGGUUGAGGAGGAAGAUAAGAAGUUUCCCGUUGUGGAAGAUGGAGAGGAAGCUAGUUCUGAUGGCGAGGAUCAUCAAGAGGAAAACACGGAGCAUGUUGAGACGGUUUUGGGAGUGCUGGGAGAAGAAAGCUAUGAAUCUGAUUCGGAUGUCCCUUUGGCAAGUCGGUUGGCAGCCAGGAAGAAAAAGCGCGCAAAAAGGCGACGAGUCAUCCCGAAGUCAAAGCUCCGGAAGGAGAAGGCCGACAAUGAGGAGAUGAAUGAUUUCAUUCGGCAGCAGAUGGAUAUUACCUGUCAUAAGUGCGCCGAAAUGGGCAUCGAGAGCGAUGAGGUUUUUGAGUCGUUCUAUCGGCUGAGGGUCCAUUUCAAAAAGGUCCACGACACGUACGGGUACGUGUUCUGUUGCAAUCGGAAGUGGGCUACCAAGACCGGAUUGGUGGAUCAUUUGAGGAACCACGAACCGAUGAAGAGCGACCAGAGUCGAUGCGUGGAGUGCAAUUGCAUUUUUAAGGAUAAGAGCAGUUAUGCGAAUCACAUGUUUCUGGUCCACACGCCGGACGAUCAAAAACAGUUCAAAUGUGACCGAUGUGAGAAGGCUUUUGCUGCGGAAGAUCUGCUGAACAGUCAUAUUACGUGGCACGAGGAGGUGGAGAAGAGGAAUCACCACUGUUUGAUAUGUAACAAAUACUUCCUCAGCUCGAGAAACCUGGAGAAUCACACCAUCAAUCAUCACCAGUUCGGGGAAAGCUCCAACCAGGAACCGGGAGAACCGAGUCACGAUCUUGACGAUCCCGCCAAAUCCGCAAGACUUAAACGCACCGCAGAGGACUUGGCUAAAGAGGACGAUUUGAUCAAACAGUACGUUGCUUUGAAUUGUUCGAAAUGUGACUUCGUUGGUGAAACAUUCAACAAGCUGUCCUACCAUGCCCUCAAAGUCCACAACAUGAACACCCAUUCGGUCAUUUGCUGCGACAAGAAGUUCGGAAAGCGGCAACGUCUCUACGAGCAUUGCCUCCGGCAUCUCAAUCCGGACCACUUUAAGUGCGACAUCUGCGGGAAAACGUACGCCGACAGUUCCGGUCUGCAGAUUCACAAAUGGUGGAUCCACACGCCCAUUUCGGAACGGCCCUUCAAGUGCGACAUCUGCGGAGCGGCAUUCGUCAAGGAUUACCUCCUGAAGCAGCACACCAAGUGGCACGUGAACAAGGAACGCAAGACGCACUUUUGCGAGAUCUGCAAUCGGGCUUACUCGAAUUCCGUUCAGCUCAAAGCCCAUCAGCAGAAGAAGCAUGGCGCCAGUUGCGAUUGGGUGUGCGACAUUUGCGCCAAGGGUUUCGCCCAUCGAGCCUUGCUGGAGGAACAUCGGCUGACGCACACCGAGGAGGGAUUGGCCAGUCUGAAGAUGCAGUGCGAAAAGUGCGAACGUUGGCUGAUCAACAAGAAGAGCUACCUGCGGCACCGGAGGCGUUGUCUGGACACAAGUGGCCCCGUAACUUGCGACAUCUGCGGCAAGGAGUCGGUCAACGAGGCGGCAUUAAUGGGACACAAGAACUUCCACCACUCGAAACGACCCCUAUUUCGGUGUACUUACUGCGGAAAGGAGUGCAAGACGCAGCUGCGCUUGAAGGAACACGAGGCAACCCACACGGGGGUGAUACUGUACCAGUGUCCGCACUGUCCGAGGACGUCCAAUUCGAGCUCCAAUAUGUACACGCACAAGAAGACGGCCCAUCCGGACAAGUGGGCAGAAGAGGUGUCGCAGCGAUUCUACACAAGAUAAGUUUUGCCUGAGCACGUGGAUCGCUGCUGAUGUGGAUGAUAUGGAAUACAAUUUAAUAUUAAUAAAUUAGUUAUACAGAAAA